AUGUCAAUAAUUCUAACUAAUUAAAAACAAUAAAGAAAGCUUCCUUUACUUAAAGAUUAUACAAGGUAAAAGAAAGAGAUGUUAAAAACAUUCUUUACAACUAAGACUAGUAGAUCUGAAUCUAGAUCUAAAUAAACAAAUGAAAUUUGUAAAGAAGAGAAAUCAUAUUAUUUCGAUGAAAGCAUAAAGAAAUAAAAGAAUGCAUUUUAUCUAUCAUAAAAGUUUAUUAGAUAAACUCCACGAAUUUUUCCUGCAAAGACAGAUAUUUAAAUGAACCAGAGCGAAGAGAUAAGUGAAGAUAGUUCUGAGAAAUCAAAGAGUAGCGUGGAUGUUUUUGAUCUAGACAAACAUAAAGAGCAUGUUAAAAAUAAAUUAAGUAUAUGAGAGUUUUAAUUCAGAGAUACAAAUAAGGAUGAAUCAUAUUUUGGGUUCUUAAAGAACUAAGAUAAAUUGAAAGACAUUGCUUAGAAUUUCAUAAAGGAAGAUGGAAUGAAUCCAAUUUACUAUUUUUGUGUUCAUGAUAGUUUAUUUCCAAAAAGAAUUGAUUUAACUAAUUGUUUAGUAGAUAAAAAGGAGAUGAAUUUUACUAAUUUAGGGAUAGGAUCUAAAUAUUAUCCCAUAUUGACUACUUUAUUGAAAUCACAAAAGAGUUAAAGAAUAAAGUAAUUAUAUUUAAGUGAUAAUAAUUUGAAAGAUUAGGAAUUAAGUCUGAUUAUAGACUGUAUUCCUCUAUCGUUAAAAGAUUUAAAGCUUUCAAAUAAUAAAUUAGGGAAAGGAGGAGCCUUGCUUUUGGAAAAAUUGAUAAUAACUCAUAAAAGGUAUUUAUUUUUAUAGUUUUAUAGUAUCAAAUACUUAAAUGUUGCUAACAAUGUUUUAGGAGAUAUAGGAGCAUAAAUUUUAUUAAAUGCUUUAAUGAAGAAUAAUACAGUUACAAGAUUGAAUCUAUCAGAGAAUGGUUUAACAGAUUUAAUCUCAUAAGUUUUGUAUAAUUUCUUAGGUAAUAACAAAACAGUCGAAGUUUUAAUGUUAAAUUGGAAUUAUUUAGGAUCAUUGUCAGGAUAAUUUAUUGCCAAAGGAUUAUCUAAUAAUAGAACAUUAAAAGUAAUAGAUCUUAGUUAUAAUCAUCUUGGAUAGAAUAAUUGUAUGAUUUAUUGGAGUGAAAUCAUAUCGAAUCCAAAAGUUUCACUCACUCAUAUUGAUCUGUCUUAUAAUCAAUUUAGUGAGUAACAAUUAAGAAUUUUGAAUGAAGCAUUAAAAAAGAAUAAUCAGAUAUAUGGAUUACAUAUUGAAGGAAAUAAAUGUCCAGCAUAUGUAGAUCCUAAUGGAUUUAUUCAAUUUACUAAUGAUGGAUUACAACUUUAAGGUAGUCCUUUUAGAUUAUAAUAAAAGAAAUAUGAAAUAGAUGGAGUUAAUUUUAUACCAGAAUUAAAUAAUGGUUUAAUUGGUAGUGAUUGUUGUUGGAUUUGUUAAGGAUGGAUGGAAUUUAAAUUUAAUUACACACCAGAUGAAUUUAAUGGUGAUAUACCAAUUUUUCUUCAUCUUGAUUUUUUAGAGUAAUAUUAUUAUAAAAUAAAAAUAGUUAUAAACCAAUACCAAUGACAUCAAGUUUAGAAUUAAAAGAAUAGAUGAAAUAACAAAGAAAGAGCAAAUCUGUUGAACCUUAAUUAACAACAGGAGAAAUAAUCUAUUAAUUAAAAUAAGUAAUUAAUGAUGAUAAAAAAAUUACUAUGGCUGCAAUUUAAGAAGCUUAUGAUAUUGAAACUAAAGAUGAAAUUGUAGAUGAAAGAUGUUUAGAUGAUCUAGACAAAUUUUAUUAUACUACUUAUUAAAUGUGUCCACCUAAAAGAAGAAUUCUAUAUUUCUUUAGUAAUCCAAUAUAAGAACACUACUUUAUAGAUAAAAAUUCAUUAAGCAUGUAAUCUCCACCUGAUGAUUUAAUAUUGCAAGGCAAAGAUUCUAAAUUUUAAUAUCAUUAAUUUGCUGAUGGAACUAAACUUAAAUUUAAGAAAAUUACUUAAAUUAAUUAUUUAUUAUCCAAAUAAGAAUAUGUGAUUGAUGAUAAAAAUGAUUAUAAACCAUUAGUUAAAAUAUUUCCUCGUUCUGCUUAAAAAAAAUAUAUUCUGAGGAAAUUUGCAAAUAACUCUAUCAAGAAAAAAGUUAAUAUUAUCUUUUGGAAUAAAGAAGAUUCAUGUUUUAAGUAAUUUUAAGGAGAUAGUGAUGAUUUAUUAGAUAGUUGUUUAGAUUUUGAUUGGUCAUGUAGUAAGAUAACAAGAUUCGUUAGAAAUGAAUAUGAAAGAACAAAAAUGAAAGAAUAUUUUAGAUAACAGUAUUAAUUAUUAAAAGAUGUAUAUAAAUACCUUUCAAGUUUUGGACAUUAACCUCCUUAAUUUGAUUUGUUUUGUAUAUAAUUUGGAUAAUUUUAAAAGUUGGUUCAAUAAUUAGGAUUGAUUGAUGGAGUUGAUUUGAAAAUUUAAGAUGUAGAGAGUGAUUUAAUAUCAAUAAAGAACAAUGUAGAUAAUAAAUUUAUUUAUAAUCCAGAUUAAGCAUUAAUAAGAUAUUAAUUUAUUGAAAGUCUUUACAGAUUAGCUUUAGAUAAAUAUGUAAGAACAAAUACUGUAAAAAAUGCUGCAGAUGCAGUUUAUCGAUUAUUGAAAGAAUUUAAACCAUAUUUCAAUAAUUUUGAUUCAACUUAAGAAUGGAGAUUAAAGAGAUUAUGGAAUAAGGAAUGUGAUACAUUAAUAUAAUUUAAGAUGGGAUAUUUAAAAAGAUUAUAUGAUCACAUAACAGAUAUAAGUAAUAGAAGAUGGUAUUUUAAGUUAAAAUGGAUUUCAAUAAAAGAAUAUAAGGAAUUUUGUAAAUAGGUAGGAUUAAAUGAAUAUCUAAGUGAUAAGUAAUAAGUGAUAAUUUACAAUUUUUCAAUGAUGUCAUAAGUGGAUGAAUUAAAUUAAGAUAGAAAUGUUAGAAUGACUUUAAUAGAGUUUAUAGAAUCAUUAGCAAGAAUGGCUGAGAGAAUAAGUCCAGCACCAAUAGGAGAAAGAGUAUCAGAUUGGGAUUAUUAAUAAAGAACUACUUUGCCUUUACAUGUUAAGUUAGAAUCAUUGCUUACAUAUAUUUAUAUAAAAGUAAAUAAAAAGUAAAUAAAAUAAAAUAUUAUAAGAGGGGCAUUUGAAUCAUUUAAUGAUGUAUUUGGAGAUGAAUAAUAAUUAAAAAUAUUAUUUAUGCCAUCUCCAGAUAGUGUAAUAAGUGAGGAAGAGUAUAGUAAUACAAUUGAUAGUUUGACUACUUAUAAUACAUUAUCUUAUUUGAGUAAUAAUAUAGUUGAAUAUUUAGAUCUUCAUAAAUAACCAUACUUAAAUCCAGAUUAUGUACAUUUUUUGCAAAAUCAGGUACCAAAUUAACCUAAAUUUCAUGGUCCUCUUUUGAUUAGAAGAUUUUCUAGAUAUGAUAAGAAAAAUAAAUGAAUAUUAAUUUU